GAAACAUAUCUCAUCCAUUUUUUUUUGUUUUUACAAAUGCUGCAGUAAAGUUUUAAUUUUUUUUGUUUACUCCCUCCCUCUCCACUGGGUUUCUUCAAAUUCAGUUUUUUUUCGGGAUUCGUGCAAGUCGAGUUUACUUGGUUGAAAGUUUUUGGCUUUUGAUUUGAUUUGAAGUUUGUUUGCUGAUUUUGACCACUGGGGUGCUCAGGCUUUGAAAACUAGCUCAAUCUCUCUUGGAUCCUGAAUGGUUUAAUUAUCUCAGUUUGAUCGGUGAACGUAGAGCUUAGCCGCUUAGGAUCCGUUUGGCUUUGUUGUUGGCUCAGAUUAAAGUUUCAAGCUUUUCAUUUCUUUAAGAAUCUGUCCUUUGUAUUUGCACGACUUGGUCUGUGUUUGCUCUCCUGGGGCAUGAACAGAACGGUAGUCUCAGGAGCUGUCGAAUCUAGUUUCUCUUUGACUGAUGCUGUUGGUUCGGAAGCUCUGAAUAUGCAGAGGAGCAGUGGCAUCAAUAAUAAUAAUAUGCGUAUCCCAACAUCACCAAUGUCUUUCUCCCCGAAUAGCAUUAACAUGCCGGGUUCAUUGGUUCUUGAUGGGUCUGCUUCAAUGCAACACUUACCUCAGCAGCAGCAGCACCACUACCAACUACAACAGCAAGCUGGGCAAGGUUCAGUUCCAAUGAGGGAGAACAGUUACUCCCAUGUCGAUAAGAAACCCAGAUUAGAAGUGAAGCAAGAGGACAUGUUGCAGCAGCAGAUUUUACAGCAGUUGAUCCAGCGUCAGGACCCUACUGGAAGGAAUCCGCAGUUGCAAGCUUUGCUUCAGCAGCAGAGACUAAGGCAACAUCAGCAGAUUCUUCAAUCCAUGUCACCCUCUCAGAGACUCCACUUUCAGCAACAGCAGCAGCUGAGACAGCAAUUACAGCAACAAGGCACUCAACAGAUCCCUCCUAAUGUACGUCCUUAUGAAGUUGGCGUGUGUGCUCGCAAAUUGAUGAUGUACUUGUAUCACCUGCAGCAACGACCUGCUGAAAAUUGCAUUAUCUAUUGGAGGAAAUUUGUGGCAGAAUACUUUUCACCUCGUGCAAAGCAAAGGUUGUGCUUGUCACAGUACGAAAGUGCUGGGCACCAUGCCCUUGGCAUGUUUCCACAAGCUGCUCCGGAUAUGUGGCAGUGUGAUCUUUGCGGCACCAAGUCUGGAAAGGGAUUUGAGGCAACCUUCGAUGUGCUUGCCAGACUUAUUGAGAUUAAAUUUGCGAGUGGCAUCAUUGAUGAGCUCUUAUAUCUGGACCACCCACGAGAAAACAGAUUUUCCAAUGGACUGAUGAUGUUAGAAUAUAGAAAAGCAGUUCAGGAAACUGUACACGAGCAAUUUCGUGUUGUCCGUGAGGGCCAUCUUCGCAUCAUAUUCUCUCAAGAUCUGAAGAUACUGUCUUGGGAGUUUUGUGCUCGGCGUCAUGAAGAGCUUCUUCUUCGCAGACUUAUUGCUCCACAGGUGAACCAGUUGCUUCAGGUUGCACAGAAAUGCCAGAGCACGAUUUCAGAGAGUGGUUCAGAGGGAGUUUCUCAGAAAGAUUUACAGUCAAACAGCAACAUGGUCUUGGGAGCAGGACGGCAGCUAGCAAAGUUUAUGGAAUUACAGUCGCUGAAUGAGCUUGGCUAUCCAAAGAGAUAUAUCCGAACUCUACAGAUAUCUGAAGUUGUCAAGAGCAUGAAGGAUCUGAUGAAUUUCACUGGCGAGCACAAAAUUGGCCCUAUUGAGGGGUUGAAACAGCUUCUGGAACAGACGGCAACAGUGAAGCUCCAGAGACAGAAAAUGCAAGAGAUGGAGGAGUUUGGGAGUAGUGGAGCUAUGAGUGGGCCAGCUCAAGCUCAAAUGGCGUUAUCCUCAGGAGCGAUGGGCGGCUCAACUGCCAACAACAACUCCAAUGAUCACCAUCAAAUUGUUGGUCGUGGAGCUAUGAAUGGCUCAUCUCAAGCGGCAACAGAUCUGACCAACUACCAAAGCAUGCUUAUGAGACAAAAUGCUAUGAAUAACCCAAAC